ACGAACUGUGAGAUCAUGAACUGAGCGGAAAUCAAGAGAUGCUCUACUGACUCAGCCACCCAGAUGCCCCAAACCUCUGUGCAUUUGCUUAUAAGUAUGUGCACACACAAGCAUGCACGUGUGUCUGUGGGUCCAUGUGCCCUGCUGUAUGCACAUGUGUGUCCAAGUGCAUGUGUGGCUGUGCAUUUGAGAAGCGCGUGUGCCUGUGUGGCUCUGAGGGGCGCUGCGCACAGAUGUGAGGAAAGAGGGUCACUUCCCCAGGAACCCAGGCUGCCCUCUCUUCCUGCCCCCACCCACGGGGAGAGGCCCCAGCUGCAUAAAGUGGAGCUUCCCUGGAGCCCCUGCCCGCCUGCCUCUGCUGCGCCAUCCCACACCUGCCCACGCUGCCUCCCGUGCCCAUUCCAGAGGGAGGAGACCAGAAGCAUUAGGCACCCUGGGGUCUCCUGUCCCCAAACUACUCAGCAGCAGGUCCCACCCCCCGCCCCUAUGACCAACAUGAGCUGGAGUUUCCUGACGCGACUGCUGGAGGAGAUCCACAACCACUCCACGUUCGUGGGCAAAGUGUGGCUCACGGUGCUGGUGGUCUUCCGCAUCGUGCUCACGGCGGUGGGCGGCGAGUCCAUCUACUCGGACGAGCAGACCAAGUUCACGUGCAACACGCGCCAGCCGGGCUGCGACAACGUGUGCUACGACGCGUUCGCGCCCCUGUCCCACGUGCGCUUCUGGGUCUUCCAGAUCGUCGUCAUCUCCACGCCCUCCGUCAUGUACCUGGGGUACGCCGUGCAUCGCCUGGCCCGCGCCUCCGAGGAGGAACGCCGCCGCGCGCCCCGCCGCCGUCCGACCCGCGCGCCCCUGCCUCUGCCCCUGCCGCCCCACCCCGGCUGGCCCGACUCCGCCGGCCUGGGCGAGGAGGAGCCCAUGCUGGGGGGCCUGGGCGAGGAGGACGAGGAGUCGGGGGCGCCCGAAGGCCUGGGCGAGGAGGCCGAGGCCGAGGACGCGGGCGCGGCCAAGGGCGCAGGCGGAGACGCCAAGGCGGCGGGGGCCCCGGGUCCCGCCCGGCAGCACGACGGGCGGCGGCGCAUCCAGCGCGAGGGCCUGAUGCGCGUGUACGUGGCCCAGCUGGUGGCGCGGGCUGCCUUCGAGGUGGCCUUCCUGGUGGGCCAGUACCUGUUGUACGGCUUCGAGGUGCGGCCUUUCUUCCCGUGCAGCCGCCAGCCCUGCCCGCACGUGGUGGACUGCUUCGUGUCUCGGCCCACCGAGAAGACCAUCUUCCUGCUGGUCAUGUACGUGGUCAGCUGCCUCUGCCUGCUGCUCAACCUGUGCGAGAUGGCGCACCUCGGCCUGGGCAGCGCGCAGGACGCGGUGCGCGGCCGCCGGCCCCCGCCCGGCGCCCCCGGCCCCGCGCCGCGCCCGCCGCCCUGCGCGCUGCCCGCCGCGCCCACCGGCCUGGCUUGCCCGCCCGACUACAGCCUGGUGGUGCGCGCGGCCGAGCGCGCGCGCUCCCACGACCGGGACCUGGCGAGCCUGGCGCUGCAGGCGCUGCGGGACGGGCAAGCGUUGGAGGACCGCGAGAGCCCGCCGUGCCCCGGCCUCCCCGCGGCCGCCCGGGGGCCCCAGCGGUCCGGCGCCCCCGCCUCCGGGUCGGGCAGCGCCACGUCGGGGGGCACGGGCCAGGGCAGGCCGGGCGCCAAGCCCAGGGCGGGCUCAGAGAAGGGCAGUGCCAGCAGCAGGGAGGGGAAGACCACCGUGUGGAUCUGACGGCCCGACCCUGAAGUGGCCCGAUCCCCUGCAGGCCACGGCUGGGGCGGGGGGCUGGGGCUCUGGGGGAAGGCCAGGGCGCAGGGCGAGGAGCACCACCUGCCCUCUCUUUCUCCUCCGCCUGCUCCGGGCCACCCGGGAGGGGCGCCAGGUUGAAGGCAUCACCCGCUCAGCGUCACUGCCCCUCCCUGCCUGAGGUCUCCCCUCUGUCCAGGGGAGAAGGAGGAGGAGGGACCUGCGAAGGGUCCCCAGCUCUGAUCCCUAAACCCGAAAGGGUUUAUGGGACUGUGGCUGCGGGGGUGGGGGCAGUCUGAGCCUCACCUGUGUGUGUGUGUGUGGGGGGGGGGGUGUCUUGGCCCUCUCCUCCCCCACCCUGCUCCCCUGAUCAGCCCAUGUGUGUCAUGGCAGGCCCGACGCUCCUCCAUACAGCCUGCCGCAGCAAAUGGGGUUCCCUCCCAAACCCCCCACCUCCAUCCCCAAUCCACUUCCUGUUUCCUACAGAGCUGAGAGCACUCCUAGGUCUUUCUGGUACAGAAGGGGAAACCGAGGUCUAGACGGGAAGGGAGGGACAGAAGGGGAGUGCCGCAUCGUCCUGUGGGAGGGCAACCCCCCCCCCCCCCCCAGUUCCCUCCUGUGCUGAGGCCCUGGGGUGGGUGGAAGGGACUGCACUCUCUGGAGCUUCUGUACCUCUGUGGUUCGGCCCCUCCCCCUGGGACAGACGUGUGGUUCUGCAAAGAGGCCGCUGGCCUGUUGCCAGGGAGUGCUGGGACUCCGGUUUGGGCCAUUCUGGGGGAUGGGGAUCCUGGCUCCCAUCUACCCCUUCUCUGCCUUCCGUCCCCCUCCCUAAUUCAGACACAGCCACCAAAGCAAAGGAAACAAAAUAAAACUAACUUUUGUUUACAACUGCGUGUUGUGUGUGCAUGUGGGGCAUGUGCACACGUAGGUUGUGGGUGCACACAUGUAUGUCUACCCUGGCGCGCGCACGUGUGUGAGUGUGCCUGGGUGUGGUGUGUGUACA